UUUUUUAAAAAACUCCAUUAAUUAUCGAAUAACCAGAUCUAGAGCAUAGAUGUAGAUUUUAAUGCAUCUUCAUAUUUCGUGACUUUGAUAAUUAUUAAUUGUCUAUUGAACUUUAAGAUCUAGUAGCUUACAGUUCUCGCUCCUUUAUUUUAAAUCCAGAUCUAGAGUCUAUACCUAGAUCUAUAGGCCCUAUAGAUCUAUUAGCUUUACGGCUUUAGUGUCAGGACAUUGAAGACAAACCAACCGCAUGACAAUGUUCGACAAUAAGCUUUGGAUGAAGGUGCACAUAGGGAAGAGUGGUCUACAGCCUUUGUUAGGAGUAUAUAAGCCUCGGAAAUGUGAUUGUGAGCAAGUAACGUCUAACGCUAUGUCAACGACAGGCAACUCUAGCAGGGUCUGUUCUUUUCGGUUACCACUCAUGGAUAGUCCUGCCGACAUAGAGUUUCUGAGAAACAAAUUUGGUUGGUGCAUGCCCAGAGAAGAGCAAGUCAUUCGAUCUCAGACUCUGACAGUUGCUCCCCCUGGUGCAUAUAACAAUCCCGCAUUACGUAGUACAAGCUCAACUACUGUUAUUACCAACAGCUCAAGCAGACGACAAAAAAUGCAAAGUGUCUACUUCAGACAUCAUUUUGUAUCCAAAUCGAGCGCGCAGUUGGACAGAGAAAAACUCAUGCAUAAAAUUACCGAGGAACUCAAAGAAUAUGAAAAGUCUCAAACAUUUUUAUUUGAUUCGAGACUUGCAUUUGAUGCUGAAUCUGGAAAUGAAGUGAAACAGCCAUCUAAAAACAGACGCAGGGCAUCUUCUGUUGUCAGGCACGCGGAAAUCCGCAACAAGGAGAUGGAUAAAAUCUCUACGAGAGCCAGAAAUACCUACCAGGCUCACCUCGACCUGCUGCAAAAGAAAAUGUCCCAACAAAUUUCCUCGGAUGACGAACUGACCCGCAAAGUGCACUUACAGAUUCAUACGAAAAGAAAUGAAGAGAGACAGGAUGCUUUGUCUAAAAUAGUGAAACUGGAGAAUGUGCGGCUUCAGUAUAAGAAUAGUAAAGCUCAAGUCCAGCUCUCCGGAGUCAAAGAGAGAGAGGACUCAGAGACAUAAAGAAUGUGAUAUCAGUGUUGUACAAGUACCCAGUGAUACUCGACACAUGACAUAGAUCUAGACAUGGAUAUACUUACUCUGUUUUCACAAUGUUUUGUAAAAUGCUUAACCUGUUUUCGAUGUUCCUUCGGAGUUGAAUAUAAUCUACUUCCUCGUCCAAACCUCCCGCAGGACGAUUGGGGAUGGCAGCGGACAGGGUACGAACGACAGUCCAGCGCGCAUACCGCACGACCAGACAGGCAUUUCUCUGUGAGGGAGUAUUGUGUCUGAAUCUACUAUUACCGUUUAUUUUCUUCAAAUAAUACUAUUCCAAUAUAAGACUAUAGAAGACUUAUCAAAAGACCCAAUUUGAAAUUCGAUUCUUUUUUUUUUAAUUAACACAGAAUAAUUUUAAAAAAGGGUGGGGAGGGAACAAAAGAUUUAAAUGCCUAUUAAUAUAAAUGUCCAUGAUUGCCAAUUUCUAUAAAUAUUCCUGGGUGCAUAUUUUUAUAAGUAUGUCUUAUUUCCUGUUUCUAUAAAUAUGCCUCUAAAAUGCCUGAUCGCCAAUUUCCAUAAAUAGACAUAUGCCUAUUCUGUCACUGAAUUUAUAAUACCUCAGACUGAAAAAUUUUCAUACUUUUGACUUUCGACUUACUAGGAAGACAAACGCAAGAAAUGUGUGACUCUAUUUACGACGACCACAACGACAAUGGGCGUGUACUAAUAGUAAUAGCUCUCUUAUUAGAUAGGCUUCAAUAAUGAAGGCCUCAUUCCACAGACUUGAAUAGAUGUUGACCUAUAUGUCAGUAGCCUCAAACAAAGGUUCGGAGAUUUAAAGCAAGUUUAGUUAAGUAGAUUCCAUUAAUUAUUUUUUUUUAUUACAUAGGAAUAGAAUUAUAAAGAUAUUAUAUAUGGAAGUCUAAUUGUAGUUCUAAGUUACUCAAACGGAAAUUGACUGUUAUAGAAUGGGGGAAAUAACAGCAAUUCUUUACUGUGAAUAUAAAAAAAUGAAUGACAAAAAGUUGAUACUGGAAACAAACUAAGAAUGUAAGGCGAAGGUUGAAACUACUUUGUCUCCGAUCUGUUUUCUUUACCGAAACGACUUCUUUAUUCUCUGAUAAAGACAAUGGGUAUGAAUUUUUAAUAUUGCCUUCUUUCACCCUGUAUAUCGUUACUGUAGAUUCUGGUGAACCGGACCAACAUUGGCAUGCGAUCAUUUUUAAGGCCAAUUACCUGUUGUUUUUUUCGAUACAUAAACUUGCCCUGUAUUAAAGAUGGUUUCAGUACUAAAGAAUUCGGUCCAAUUAAGAAACCGGUCCUUUCAACCGGGUGACUGCCUGGUUGAGUGGUAUGCGCUCUGAACUAUUGUCUCGAUGUAACUGGUUCGAAACCUGCCCGCCGACUAGCACCAGCCGUCCUUAAAGCGAAUUGGGCGAGGAUGUAAUAAUCUUUAAUUCUGAAGGAUAUACGAACCAGUGUUUUGUUAAACAGGAUUUGACUGCACGACCGAAGACUGACAUUUUGACUGCAAUAAAAUAAAAUAAAAAAGUA